ACUGUCAUUCAAAAGUCAAAUUAAAUUAUUUAAAAAAAUCAGUAAUCGGAAAUGGCUUCUUUGAGGAGCCCGUCUUCUCCGACCGAUGGUUAUAAAAGGUUCAGUGAUGAUUUUGCAAACACCAGCAUCAACAAUUACGGCUCCAACGUCACAAAUAACCGCACAGACACAGAUGGCGGAGGAGACGCAACUUUGGAUAUGGGCAGUCGCUCAUCCCUCCACACCGGCUUGCAAAUGUCGGAGGACGAGCAUUGGGAGAUGAAUUAUCAUGAAGCAGCUAUUUAUUUAGAGGAAGGAUUAAAUAAUGAAAAAUUCGACUCUCAUCCUUCGAGUCCAGAGGAACUACCAGCUUAUCUCCGAGUUCAUAACCCGUGGUAUCACGGGCUGGACUUGUUAGCUUCACUGGUUUUAAUUCUUCUGGCGUUUACUGAAGAUCCAGCUGUUCCCGCUUUCGAGCUUCCAGUUUGGGCACAUGGUACGAUAGAACUGCUCGCGUUAUCUGUGAUUGGUAUAGAAUUACAUCUUAAAUUAAAAUGGAUAGGAUGGGGGACGAUUUUUAAACAUAAGAGAACAAUGCUGAAGGGAAUAACACUCCUAAUAAUGGUUCUAGAAGCAGUAGUAGUGCUCUGUAGACAGUCAUCUCACUUCAGAGUAACAAGAGCGCUUCGACCCAUCUUUUUGGUGGAUACUCGGCAUUGUGGGGGAGUCAGACGAUUUAUAAGGCAGAUCCUGCAAUCUUUACCACCUAUUAUUGAUAUGUUAGGUCUUCUAAUGUUUUUCGUAGCUACGUAUUCCCUUUUGGGAUAUUAUCUGUUCACUGAGCACGUGGAUAAUGGACAUUUUCAAACGAUUAGUGACUCUUUUGUUAGCAUGUUCGUUCUGCUUACAACGGCCAAUUUCCCAGAUGUCAUGAUGCCGUCAUACGCCAAAUCGAAGUGGUACGCCUUGUUCUUCAUCCUCUACAUCAUAACCGUACUUUACGUUCUCAUGAAUUUGAUGCUGGCCGUGGUUUACGAGACGUUCACCCGCAUCGAGCGCGACAAGUGCCGCGCGCUGCUGCUGCACCGGCGCGGCGCGGCGCGCAGGGCCUUCCGCCUGCUCGUGUCGCGCCGCGCGCCGCGCGCCGUGCGCCUGCGGCACUUCGCCGGCCUGCUGCGACACUACGCGCCGCACUACGGCGGCCUGGACGUGUACCUGAUGUUCAAGCAGCUGAGCCGCUCGGGCGGCGGCGGGCUGUCCCGCGCGGAGUUCGCCAACGUGUACGAGGUGUUCGCGCUGCGCUGGGCGGCGCAGGCGGCGCGCGCGCCGUGGUACAGCGCGUCGCCGCUCGAGCCGCUCGGCCGCGCCGCCGCCGUCGCCGUGCGCUGGCGGUACUUCGAGCACCUCGUGUAUGCAAUUAUUAUCGGCAAUGGUGUAUCGAUGAUCCUUCGAGUUUUCGAGGCGGCCGGCGACCUGCAGGACAGCGCUAGGCUGCUCUGCGCGUCUUGGGACACUUGGCUAUUCCUUAUAUUGUUCCUCCUGGAGGCAGCUUUGCGUAUAAUGGCAUCGGGUCUGUCCGCGUACCUGGAGAGCGGCUGGAACGUGUUCGACCUGAGCGUCACGCUGCUGGCGCUGCUCGGAGCCGUAAUGCUCACGAUAGCGCCGAAACUCUUCAUUGUGGUCAUGUUCAGACCACUCAGGCUAAUGCGUUUGUAUAAGCUGAAAAAGCGCUACCGCGAUGUUUUUGGGACUCUGGUGUUGCUAUCUCCUCUCAUGUCCUCGGCGGGCUGUGUGAUGCUGGUAAUGUACUACUUCUUCGCCAUUAUUGGGAUGGAACUGUUUGCUGGUUACGACUUGAGAAACUGUUGCAUUAACACAACCGUGGAAGACUUCUACAAGUACUCGGAGAACAGCUCGACCCCUCUCGGCUACUACUAUCUCAACAACUUCGAGAAUAUUCUCACGAGCGGCGUGUCGCUAUUUGAGCUGACCGUCGUCAACAACUGGUUCAUACUCAUGAACGCUUACGCUACCGUUGCGGGACAGUUCAGCAGGAUAUAUUUUAUGGUUUUCUACCUAUUCACCAUGGUGGUGCUGACUAUUGUUGUAGCGAGCGUGCUCGAAGCGUUCCGGUUCAGGAUACAGUACAAACGCAGUACAACGAAGAGAGAUGAGGAGAAACUGCUGCAUGAAGAGGUGCAUACGAGCUGGGAAGAGGCGCAGAGGUUAGGAGCCAGCGGGGAUUUGGCAGAAGAACUGCGCGCGCACUUACCUCCUGGGAUGCAAGUGACUUUCAUAGGUACGAGGCCUCGUACCAAAGAGGUGUUACAGAGAAGGAUGUAUCAGGCGGAUAUACAAAAGUGGCUUGCCGAAGAGGAUGACAGCGAAGAUGCUCCUCCAUCAACCACGGUGACGUCCAGCGAGGACCCCCUCUCCCCACCAAUUAUCCAGCAACCGGAUUCAGAAAACAACCACCAGAUAAGAACCGGUUACCAAUUGUAGAAUUUAAUACUCCGCGUCCUCCACGACAGACUUUUAUUUAUAUGGGACGUAAUAAAUAACUUAUGAAGUGAAAUUAAGUGACCUCGGAAGUGCCGUUGACGGAUUUAUGCUAUAAAAUACAGUAGAUAGCUAAUAUUAUCAUUUGCAACACGCUAUAUAAAUAUAUAUUAAACAAUAAUAAUUAUAAUAAUAUAAUGCAACGGUUAGAUCUGAGUUGGAAGCUUCAUAACAAAGACCGUAGAUAUCGCUGCUGCAUAGGUUUCAUCAUAAAUAUUUUUUGUUAGAUUUUAAUAACAACGCCGCCAUUAAAAUAAUUUAAUUUAUUAAAACAUUCUAAUUCGGUAAUAUUUUAUAGAAUAAAAUAGAACAUCAAUGAUCUUCAAUUCCAUAGACAAUAGAUAAAUUUCACUAGACUUUUGAUGAUAUAGUUAAUAUUUAAACAUUUAAAAACGUCGAAGAUAUGACGUUGGUUGGUUGUUUGGUUUUUUCAUGGUUGCUGACUGCCUAUGAAAUUGUUCAUUUCAUAAGUUAAAGAAACGCAAAGUAGAUGAGAUAGGGUAUCUAUCUCUGUUACUAACAGUCCCUUCAACAAAUAAUCGUAACUCGAACAUUCGUGUUACGAUUGGAGAUACAUGUGUUACCAAGUUUAACAGACCGCUGUAUAGGCCACUUUUACACUUGCAAUAAUGUGAAAUAGUCAAAACCAAGUCUUCACAGGUAACCAGUG